UCCCAGAGACUCAACUGUGUGUGAAGGAGAUUAACAGCUGGACAAACUGCUGAUCGAGUAUAUUAGGAGAGAAACAAUGGGCUUAAAGGAGGAGGGGAGGCAGCUGAUGAUUCUGACCGACUCAGAUGCUUCAUCACCGGUGGAGGAAACACAGCCACCGCGCCCUCUUAUCAGAAACCACCAUGGCCUCCUUUGAUACCAGAUGUCUUCAACAGAUGACCUGGACCAUGAAUAUUUUCAUAUACUAAGCAGAUAAUGAAGGUGCGCCCUGACACAAGUGGUAAAAAUGGGUCAGAUCAUACAGGUGAACCAUUGAAUCACUCCAUCCAGAGUUGGCAAAGCACAGCAGGACUCGGGCACAAAAAGACACUCACCGUUUUCCAUCAAUGUAGGAGCACACUGUUUGACCAGUCAGCACCAAAAUACAGUGGAAAUGCAUUUUCAGAACAGUUUUCCACUGAUUCUUCUACAAUGGCACAAUCGCAGAACGUAAUUUCGGGCUGUGAUUUGGACGCGGUAGAACUCUCGGAGGACAGUCGGUCAAUAUCCGAUACGUUUUCAUCCACUGAAAAUGGCAAUGACGAGAAUGAUAAUGAUUUCAGUCCAGAAAUGCAGCAAGCCUACAGAAUAUUCCAGAGUUUUCUCCUGGACAAACACAAAGCUGUAAUUGCACCGUUUUGGUUUCCAGUUGGAGAUCAAACAGAAAACGAUAUGUGUCUCAAAAAGAUAGACAGCAAGUUUGUCAAGCGCGAGUAUGGAAGCAUCACGGAAUUUGUGGCAGAUUUUCGUCUGAUGUUGGAAAACUGCUACAGAUUUCACGGAGUUGAUAACUGGAUCUCCAAACAGGCUCAGAAACUGGAGCUGAUGCUGGAGCAGAAGUUAACUCUGCUGCCAAGGACCUUGAGAGAAAAAACAACCUUGGCUGUGACUUCUAGAGGACGUUUUAACACUGAAGAUGAAAAAUCACAACUUGGCACCUCGAACAGACGCAGAUCUGUGCCACGGAACCUGGCGCCCGUUACUGUAGGUGGCUCUGAAUCUGUCAUGGUGCAAGUGCUUCGACUGGAGGAACAACACAGGGCCAAGGAGGAAAAAAGGCAGCGAGACCUUGAGAGGAAGGAAGCUGGGGAGGUUUCGGCCAAAGAAGUGGAGGAGUGGGAGUCCUCGUUGCUUUCUCUAGCCGAACCGUGGGCCAUUAACACCAUGUGGGAACUACCUGCCAUCGGCCACUUCCUGUGCCUGGCCCAAACAGCCCUCAACCUACCUGAGAUCGUUUUCUUUGAACUAGAGCGCUGCCUGCUCAUGCCUCGAUGUAGCUCCUUCCUGGCAAAAGUCGUGACCUCGCUGCUUUGCCCACCUCAUCGCAGAAUGACACUGCACAGACGUCCAGCGCUGCCCUAUCGUCGCUGGGAGGCGGAGUUGAGGCAGAGAGUCUCGGGGUGGUACCAGUCUGUAGGCCGGGCCAAGGACCAGGAAGCCUGCGCUGAACAGCUGGGACUUUGCCACCGCUUUUUCUGGACUCUGGGGGAAACGAGUCCUCUGGAGGAAAAACCAUUCCAUUUGUUACCCUUCAAUCAGCGCGUUUGGUUGCUCAAGGGUCUUUGUGACAACGUCUACGAGACCCAAAAGGACGUGCAGGAUGCUGUGCUCGGACAGCCCAUCCAUGAGUGCCGUGAGUCCAUCCUGGGUUAUGACGGUCAGGAGAACGCGUACAUACACUUUCCGCAUUUCUGCGGCGCAGAUUUGCGGAUAUAUUGCCAGAGUCCGUGUGCCCCACUGGAAUUUCCUUUGCCACCUUUCUGUGUAAAGAAACUAGCACCAAAAGCAGCAGAUAUCAUGGAAGAACACUUGGACAGUUGCCUCAAAGACAAAGAAGAGAAUGUAUAUCUUUGUCUGAGGGGUAAUAAAGAUGAUUCAAUCCCAGAUAACAGCUUAGAAGAAAAUGAACUGGAGGCAAAAAAGCCUGACGAAUUUUGGUUUCCAUAUCAAGAGGAGUUGUCAAAUUUGAAAGGCAUCACUGAGGAACCCAUGGAUGUAGAGCAAAAAGUUGACCUACAAGAAGACAGCAAGAACCAUUUUGACUUUGAACUUACUACUAGUGUUGGCAAAAAUUGCUCCAAAAAGUGCAUUCUUGCCAAUUCUUUGAGUACAAACACUUCAAAACCAUUUUUGCUACCUAAAAUGGAUGCGAAAGAUAAUCUACAAGGGGGUCCUUGUCCUAAAUGUUCUACAGGAUCUAGGGUAAAUUCAGAGCCUCAUACCUGCCCUUGUUUUAAAGCUGAAUUUGACCGAACCGAUUCUGUUGUUCCUCAUCAAGUUAGGCACUUAAAAGCUGAAACGGGGACAAAAUGUUCCAAAAAAAACAAGAGAAAGAAAAAGAGAGAGCAUUCAUUCAGACUGAAGAAGCUCAGACGAACCAGAGAUGUGAAAAAUACCCAGUGCAAUGCUCCUGCUAACCUGAAGAGGAAUAAAUGGAAGAAACCAAAGAUAGGAAAAAAAGAUGUUCCAAGCAAGACAAACGAUAAAAAGGAGGAACCUUUAAGACUUCCGGUGGAGCCAACAUUUAGGUUGGUGUGCACUAGUGUAGACGAGCUGAGGACUCUCAUCAGUAAAACAGAAGACGAGCUGGAUGAGCUGGCAAGCAUCAAAAAGAGAUGUGGAAGGUGGAGUGUUAAGCAAGAUGCGGUCACAGAGCUUCAUCUUACUCUAAUACGACUACUAAAUGAGCUGUUGCCAUGGGAACCCAAACUACUCAAGGCUUUUCAAAGGAAUCGGGCUCGGUUAAAAAAGGAGAGUGACGAUUUUAAAAAGCUUCCAGAAUACAACAACUUUGUCAGAGAGGAGCCGGUCGUCGCAGAAGACGACAGAGCUGCAUGCAAAGAAGGCUCUUCAUCUGAGACUAGUAGAGAUGUGAAGGAUGAAGAUGAGAGCAGGAUGAUUUUGAAGGGACCCCCUGGAGAAAGAGGCAUUGAUUCAACCGGACGCUCAGUCAACAGGCCAGACGUUAACACCACUUUAAGUUUGUCUAGACCCCUGACACGGAGCUUAAAGCUUUUCCAGAGUGCUCGUCUUAAUGAUGACUUCAGCCUUGGCGCAAAAGUAAGGAUGGCCAUACAUGAUUCCGUGACCCCUGAACCUCAGUCUGAGGUUCCAUCCAGGGACCAAAUUACUACUGGAAGAGCAUCGGUAGAAACUGCGCCUCUGGGUAGUUUGCAAAGGCGCUGUAAACCAAUCCAGGCAUUGCUGGCCAAAAGUGUUGGGAAUAAAGUGACCUUACUAAGUCAUCCACAAAAUACCAGGAUGGCUGAUGCUCUGAAAGUGCCAAACGAAACGGUUUCUGCAGCUGUAUCGACAACAGAGCUUACAACGGUUGGUCCAUCCACAUCACAGUCAGUACCAAAACCUAACCCACAGUCUACACCAAAGCCAGCACCACAGCCAGCAUCCACACCCUCACAAAUACUCACUACAUCAUCUGCACAAGGUCCUGUACAGAUUGUCUAUAAGCUUCCAGAAGGCUUGAGUCUUCUUCAGAAUGAUGGCACCCCAGUUGGCUUUUCAGUCCAGCCAGUAACAGAGCAGGAAACCCAGAAAAAUGUCUCGCAGCAAGUUUUUAUCCUUCCCUCAAAUUUGCUCAUUCAAAAGACUGAAGGAACAAGCGCUCAGCAAUCAUUCAGCAUCAAACCUGUUCCCACUUCCAGUCCUGCAACUCUUCUGUCCAGUACUUCUCACUUAAGUGUACCUGAAAACAGAAUUCCAGUCCAGCAAGUGGCUCCAUUAAGUGAUAACUUUGCACUAAAACCUUCCUCUGGUGUUUCAACCAGCCCACAAAACUCGAAGCAUUACAUAUCCCCAACUGGCCAUCAAAAGGCUACUGAACUGAACUUCCCUACACCUACUUCAGUGUCCACCGAUCCCAACAAAUGUGAUCUUAAACAAGAGCUAAAGACUGUUUGCAUUAGAGACUCACAGUCUAUCCUCGUCACCACCAGAGGAGGCAACACAGGGGUGGUGAAGGUGCAGACUUCAGACAAGAGUGGCGCAGGUAUUUUACCGUCCAGCCCCGUUUUCACGAUGCCUCCUCCGAUUCAGACAUUCUUGGUGUCCAAGACGUCUACCCCGACGAUGCCUGCUGUUCAAACUGCUCAUACUACUAACCCUGGCAGGUUAUUCCCUAGUGUCCCAUCUCUUAUUGACAAAGGGAAUUCGUUCAAAUCUGCACCCCAAUCACCUUUUAAAAGUGUUAGUCUGGCGAACUCAUCCCUCCUGAUAGAAAAACAAGGCGAUACAGUAACCUUAAAUGAAUACUUACCCACUCCCAUAGAGUCUAUUUCUAUAAACGCAGCAAAAAACCCAAUAAUUAACCCAAUAUUUUCGACCAAUUUACAAACCAAUGCUGAUGUCCCUCAGUCUGUCCAGACCACUGCCUUUAAAAGUAUAACCAAACCCCCUCAAAAGAGGUCGCACGUGACUAGCAUUGAUCAAGACCAGUCUUUAUUUUCUAAGGUUUUCCUUCUUACAUCUACUACAAACAGUCCUUUCUCAGCAUCAGGUAUUACUAAUACUACUGCUCCAUCUGUUUUCGGAGGGUCAAGGGUCACAUUUAUGAGUCAGUCUAGUUCCGCCUGCUCUACCAUUACAACUGUUGCCAAAGGAUCAGUAACAUCUGGGUCCAGCACCACCGCUGCAAGUACUCAACAAGCAAGACCUUACUUUGGUCAGUCCAUUAGCAGCCCAACUACUGGUACUCAAGUCCAUGGUAUUAAUGUUUCUGGGUUAACAGCUAGAAUACUGAAUGAAACUACAGUAGCAAAUGAAAGAACAGCUCUUUCUGCCACAAAGGUUGGCCCUGGCGUGGUCGCCAAUGUACCUGAAACCUCCUCAAGCAGACUAGUUUUUGUCCAAAACAGCAACCCUGCUGGAAAUAGCACUUCUGCACUGAAUGCCAAAGUCCCUCUCAGAGUAACAGCGUCUUUUGAUGGCAAACCAGUUACGCUUUCAACUUUCAGCUCUGGGCAUAUGAGUUCCUCUGCACUUGUUUCAGCAGUACAGCAAAAUAAUACGUCUUUAUUUAUUUCAACCACUGUAUCAAAACCAGAAGUAGCUCCACCAGCUUCUGAUAAUACUCCUCCUUCUCUAGGCAACUCCGUUCCAUCAAAUCCUUUUUUUACCAGAGUUCUGACUGGAGAAAAGCCAUGGGUCACAUCAUCCAUCAGUACAGCUUCCUCCGUUGUUAAUCCUGCAAUCAUAACGUCUGUGCCAAGGGUCUCUCAGACUGUAAGCACCAAAACAGCAACCUGCGCAUUAAGUAGCCUUUCUCCAGCCUCUCAACCUGUUGUGUCUUCCUUGGCCAAAUCUCCUCUGAAAGCCAUUCCUGGCAUCACUAGACCACAGGAAAGAGUUGUGAUCAACACCUCUGUUCCACUUGCCCCAGGAACUCAACUGUUAAUCAACAACACUAGGUUUGUAGUACCUGCCCAAGGCCUUGGACCUGGUAGUCACAUUCUUCUAAUCUCCAACCCUUCUGUACGUUCCCCAGGUCCCUUGGGUCAGAUUCCAAGGGCUACAGGUACUCAAAUGAUACAACCAGUAGCACCAGGUAUGCAGUCCCAGCAUACACCAAUAAGACUACCAGCACCCAUCACAGCAAAGGUUGGACCAUCCGUUUCAGUCCAUCAACUUUUAACACCCCUGGUCUCGCAAGAGACUCGGUUAGAAACUGCACACACAUCUGGACAACAACGUUUACCCAGUGUUGUGAGACUUCCUUCCUUUUUACAUCCUGAAGAGAAAGAACGGCCUGUUUCUUCUUUACAUAGUGUUACCAACUGGCCCAAUCAAAGUGUCGCAGUUCCUGCUCAGUCACAGAAACAUUUACUGAGCGCAGCCACACCAACCGUCGUCCCAACAAGUCUGUUAAACCUAGCACCCAAACCCCAAUUACCAACAACCACAACAUCAGUUAAAACACUUUCCAUGAGUAGUACUGGUUCAAGGAUGCAGACACUUCCAGUAGCAACUGUUCCACCGAAUGUUGGCGCCAUCACCAGUAGUCCGGCCACUUGUGUGGCGACUGUUAACAAACUCAUAAUGGCAACUUGUCAACCAAUCAGGCCUGUACAACCUGGAAAUACUCAUCCACUACAGGUUCAAGUCCCGGCUCAGAAAACUACCCAUACUCCCAGUAAACUCUUGUUAAGUCCUGACGGUGCCGUUUUAAAUGUAGUAACAAGCCAAGUCCUACAAAAUCUACCAGUGUUGCCAAGUACCAUGAAAGUUCAAGUAGUGGGUACCACCUCUAAUGCACCUGCUUUGGACACCAUUGAUUCCCAGAGCAUCCUAACAUCAGAUAAUCCAGCAGGACCUGGUCACUAAAAUACAUGGCAUACUUGUAUUUUUUUUAAUUGAUUUAGGUUUAAUGCUAUAAAAUAAGCACUGUUUUGUUUUUUCGGUUUCUUUGUAUGACACAUUUGGUGGAUAAGCCGUCAGGAGUGUUUGCCAUGCAAAGUAAAAAGACUGAAUUUCAAUAGAUUAGAAUGGCCAGUAAUGUGUAAAUGUACUGUACUGUA